GGAAGCCGCUAUUGGCGGACGCCCGGGACCGCGAUUGCUCACUUCCGGCGCCGGCGACGACUCUGCCCGCUCGGGCACUCUCAGCCUCCCCCGCCCUUCCACCAUGGCCGCCUCUGUGUGGUGUGGGGAGAAGCUGGUCCUCCCAUAGCGCUCCUGCCGCAUCCUCACCCGCUAGGGGCCGGAUUCCAAGGAACCGCGUUUCCCAAUCCCGCCGGGAAGGUUUCCCACCCCCCAAUUCAGGGCCAGGACUCCUUCCCACACCUCGAGAGGCAGAAACUUAGGGUUUCCCCUCCUUUCAGGAUAAGAAGCCAGAGGGUUUCCCCCUCCACUUCUGCAAGGGUGGCAGCCUUGCCUAUCUCCCUGCAGGACACAAGACCCUUAGUCUACCAUACUUCUGCGCUAAAGCUUUGCCCCAGCACGGCUACUCCUGAAGGUGCAUCUAGAGAACACGCGCCUUCCCCCUCCGCAGGAGAGGAGGCAAGAGUGCGGAAAGCCAGGCCUGUCGGCCUCUCUCCCACUUGUUCCUCUUGCUCCUCGUCCUUGGCAAGCCAGAGUUCUCCAUUUCUAGGACUUAACACUCGUCUACUCCCUUGACCUCUUCUGGUCUCUUGGCUGCAGCCAUGGAGUUACAGAAGGGAAAGGGGGCCAUAGCAGCUGCUGCAUCAGGAGCAGCGGGAGGUGGAGGAGGAGGAGCGGGAGCAGGAGCCCCAGGAGGGGGGAGGCUGCUACUUUCAACCAGUUUGGAUGCCAAGGAUGAGUUAGAGGAGGUAGCUAAUUCUUUCCCUCUCACCUCCCAGGUGUGCAAAGGCCCUCCCCAGCAUGAGGAGAUCUGCCUAGGCCUGUUUACACUAGUCCUCACUGAGCCUGCCCAAGCCCAGAAGUGUUACCGGGACUUGGCUCUGGUCAGUCGUGAUGGUAUGAACAUUGUCCUGAACAAAAUCAAUCAGCUACUUAUGGAGAAGUACUUGAAGUUGCAAGAUACCUGCCGUACUCAGUUGGUGUGGUUGGUUCGGGAACUAGUAAAGAGUGGAGUUCUGGGAGCUGAUGGUGUUUGCAUGACAUUUAUGAAGCAGAUUGCAGGUGGCGAUGUUACAGCCAAAAAUAUCUGGUUGGCAGAAAGUGUUCUGGAUAUCCUGACGGAGCAGAGGGAGUGGGUACUGAAGAGCAGCAUCCUCAUUGCCAUGGCUGUGUACACGUACCUCCGACUUAUUGUGGACCACCAUGGGACCGCCCAGCUCCAGACCCUUCGACAGAAGGAAGUUGACUUCUGUAUCUCCUUGCUUCGGGAACGGUUCAUGGAAUGUUUGAUGAUUGGCCGGGACCUUGUAAGAUUACUUCAGAAUGUUGCUAGGAUACCAGAAUUUGAACUACUGUGGAAAGAUAUCAUCCAUAACCCUCAGGCUUUGAGUCCUCAGUUUACAGGUAUCCUACAGCUACUUCAGUCAAGAACAUCCCGAAAAUUUCUAGCCUGUCGUCUAACCCCAGACAUGGAAACGAAGCUCCUCUUCAUGACAUCCCGGGUGCGGUUUGGCCAGCAAAAGCGAUACCAGGACUGGUUCCAGCGCCAGUACCUCUCAACCCCUGACAGUCAGUCUCUGCGCUGUGACCUCAUUCGAUACAUCUGUGGGGUAGUCCACCCCUCUAACGAAGUGCUGAGUUCUGAUAUCUUGCCCCGGUGGGCCAUCAUUGGCUGGCUCCUGACAACAUGCACGUCCAACGUUGCUGCCUCCAAUGCCAAGCUGGCUUUGUUUUAUGACUGGCUGUUCUUCAGCCCAGACAAGGAUAGCAUUAUGAACAUAGAACCAGCUAUCCUGGUCAUGCAUCACUCCAUGAAGCCCCACCCAGCCAUCACUGCCACGCUCCUGGACUUCAUGUGCCGAAUCAUUCCUAACUUCUACCCACCAUUGGAAGGCCACGUUCGGCAGGGUGUCUUUUCUUCCCUCAACCACAUUGUGGAGAAACGAGUCUUGGCACACUUGGCUCCCCUGUUUGACAACCCUAAAUUGGAUAAAGAGCUUCGGUCCAUGCUUCGAGAGAAGUUUCCUGAGUUCUGCAGCUCACCCUCCCCUCCUGUGGAAGUCAAAAUCGAAGAGCCUGUUUCCAUGGAAAUGGACAACCACCUAUCAGAUAAGGAUGAGAGCUGCUAUGACAAUGCAGAGGCAGCCUUCAGUGAUGAUGAGGAGGAUCUUAAUAGCAAAGGGAAAAAGAGAGAGUUUCGCUUCCACCCCAUCAAGGAGACUGUUGUGGAGGAGCCGGUUGAUGUCACCCCUUACCUUGAUCAGUUGGACGAGUCCCUGAGGGACAAAGUGCUACAGCUACAGAAGGGAAGUGAUACAGAGGCCCAGUGUGAGGUUAUGCAGGAAAUUGUGGAUCAGGUCCUAGAGGAAGACUUUGACUCGGAGCAACUAUCUGUCCUGGCUUCCUGCCUACAGGAGCUCUUCAAGGCCCACUUUCGAGGGGAGGUGUUGCCUGAAGAGGUCACUGAAGAGUCCCUGGAGGAGUCGGUAGGGAAACCUCUGUACCUAAUAUUUAGGAACCUGUGCCAGAUGCAGGAGGACAACAGCAGCUUCUCGCUGCUUCUGGACCUUCUCUCCGAGCUGUAUCAAAAGCAACCCAAGAUCGGCUACCACCUGCUCUACUACCUGAGGGCAAGCAAAGCCGCUGCAGGGAAGAUGAACCUGUACGAGUCGUUUGCCCAGGCUACCCAGCUGGGUGAUCUGCACACCUGUCUAAUGAUGGACAUGAAGGCUUGCCAAGAGGAUGAUGUGCGGCUGCUGUGCCACCUCACACCUUCCAUCUACACAGAGUUUCCAGAUGAAACCUUGAGGAGUGGGGAGCUGCUGAACAUGAUUGUGGCUGUGAUCGACUCUGCACAGCUCCAGGAGCUGGUCUGCCAUGUGAUGAUGGGGAACCUGGUCAUGUUUCGGAAGGACUCAGUCCUCAACAUACUCAUUCAGAGCCUAGACUGGGAAACGUUUGAGCAGUACUGUGCCUGGCAGCUCUUCCUGGCCCACAACAUCCCCUUGGAGACCAUUAUCCCUAUUCUCCAGCACCUCAAAUACAAGGAGCACCCAGAGGCCCUGUCCUGUCUCCUGCUUCAGCUCCGAAGAGAGAAGCCGAGUGAGGAGAUGGUGAAGAUGGUGCUAAGCAGGCCCUGCCAUCCUGAUGACCAGUUCACCACCAGCAUCCUGAGGCACUGGUGCAUGAAGCAUGACGAGCUGCUGGCAGAGCACAUCAAGGCCCUGCUCAUCAAGAACAACAGCCUGCCCCGCAAGAGGCAGAGCCUAAGAAGCUCUAGCAGCAAGCUGGCCCAGCUGACCCUGGAACAGAUCCUGGAACAUUUGGACAACCUCAGGCUCAACCUAGCCAACACCAAGCAGAACUUUUUUAGCCAGACACCAAUCCUCCAGGCGCUGCAGCAUGUCCAGGCAAGCUGUGACGAAGCUCACAAGAUGAAGUUCAGUGACCUCUUCUCCCUGGCGGAGGAAUAUGAGGACUCUUCCACUAAGCCACCCAAGAGCCGGCGGAAGGCAGCUCUGUCCAGCCCUCGAAGUCGAAAGAAUGCUACCCAGCCCCCCAAUGCUGAAGAGGAAUCGGGCUCCAGCAGUGCCUCGGAGGAAGAAGAUACAAAACCUAAGCCCACCAAACGAAAACGAAAAGGCUCCUCUGCUGUGGGUUCUGACAGUGACUGAGGCCUGGAUCCCCACCCUGCCCCAGCCUGAGAAAGGUCCAUGCAGCCCCACCCCUCCUCUCAUCCCAGGGCCUCCAGCUCUUUUCACCCCCUCUCCACUGCUGCUCCCACUGGUAGGUUCUCACAGCAGCCAGAGGCUGUGCAGAAGCAGAUCAUGGUGGAAACCCUUUGCCCCUGGCUCCUCCCCAAGUCUCCGAAGAGCCAUUUGGACAGAGAAAGGAGUGAUCAGGAGGCUGCUGGGCAGAGGAGCUGGGGUGACAGCAGAUGCUGUGUGAGUGGGCAUUCCUCUCUGCUUCCCAUCAGUCUGCAUUUGUAGUCUGUGGACGGUGGUCAUUCAUUACACCAGUGUGAAGUGGGCAUCUGACCUGGUGUGGGCGGUGCCCAUCUGGGCAAAUGCCACAGCCUUCAGCAAAGAACCCGAUGGCAGCGUGAGAGGCUCCUGCUGCACCUGGGAUGCUUGCGUUGGCCCGGCAUUGGCACUUCAAGCUGCGCUAGAGCCCAGGGGCGUCCCGAGGCAAGUCAAGUUCCUCAGAACUGUCAGAUGGCCUGAUUUUCUGUGGUUCUGUUUUUGCUUUUUCUUUUGGCAAAGAUAAUCGAGUUUUAAAUUGUUUUUAAGUGAUAAUGAAACAAGCCAGAACAUCUUU